AUGGGCGCCAAGCAGAGUGGCCCGGCCGCCGCUAACGGCCGCACCCGCGCGUACUCCGGCUCGGAUCUCCCUUCCAGCAGCGGCGGCGGCGGCGGCGGCGGGGCCAACGGGGCCGCGGGCGGGGGCGCUCGGGCCUCGGCGGGCAGGUUUCCGGCUCAGGUGCCCGGCGCGCACCAGCCCAGCGCUUCGGGCGGCGCCGCGGCGGCCUCGGCGGCCCCCCGCAGCCGCUCGGUCGGCGGGGCGGUGGGCAGCGUGGCGUCGGGGGCCCGCGCCGCGCAGUCCUCCUUCAGCAUCCCCAACAGCAGCAGCGGCCCGUACGGCUCGCAGGACUCGGUGCACAGCAGCCCCGAGGACGGCGGCGGCGGCGGCAGCAGCAGCAGGGACCGGCCGCCGGGCGGGGGCUCCGGCGGGCCGCGCCUGGUGAUCGGCUCCCUCCCGGCUCACCUCUCGCCGCACAUGUUCGGAGGAUUUAAGUGCCCUGUAUGCUCAAAAUUUGUACCCUCAGAUGAAAUGGAUUUGCAUCUUGUGAUGUGUUUAACAAAGCCAAGAAUAACCUAUAAUGAGGAUGUGCUGAGUAAAGAUGCUGGCGAGUGCGCAAUAUGCCUUGAAGAACUGCAGCAGGGUGACACUAUAGCACGACUACCUUGCCUGUGCAUAUACCACAAAGGCUGCAUAGAUGAAUGGUUUGAAGUAAAUAGAUCUUGCCCUGAACACCCUUCAGAUUAAGCAUCAGUUUCCAGUCUUAUGGGAUUUCUCGUCUUGUCAAGAUGCUUGUGAAAUCUAGAGAAUUUGAGGAUGUCUCUGAAAAUCGAAACAGCAGGCUUCCUCAGCCAGGAAGCUGAAUUCUGUGACACUCAGUCAUGCAGAGAUGGACGGUCAUUUAGGAAGCAACAGUCCUGCUGAAGAGAGGAGAAGAGCCACAGAACUCGGCGAACCAAACUAUAAGGGACACCCAGGGGUUCUGACAAUGCUGCACGUCCCUUCAUAGUCACCUGCCUAGAUAAUGCUGAUAAACAUUUUGUAUUCAGACGCCAAAGUUAACUGAUUCAAAAGUUGAUUUGCUUUUUAUUAAGUUCUCUAGAGCUGAAUAACUAGCCGUGUUUCAAUUUGUUUUGUUUUCUUAGUUUGGGUCUCUUAACUUUCUUCAGCAUAACCUAUCUGCAUUCAGUUAUUGUUAAAUUAGAAAACACCUAAUUUAGUUCUUAACAUACUGUUCUUCAAUGGGAAACCACGAAAUGCAGUCAAGCAGUAAAACCUUCUCUGAAUGGAGGCUAUGACCCCAACUUCUUCCAUUCUUCCCCAGGUAUGGAAAGUGACUUAUCCAUAGCAAAGUUCAAGUAAUAGUUUGCAAGAGUUAAUAUUAUCAGAAUCCAUCCAAAGAGUAAAUCAGGUUGCUUAAUUACAUUUUGAUUCACUAACUGCAGAAUUGUCUACUGGCUCGCAGUGUGAGUGAGUGUUCCCUUUGAGGUAAAGCUGCUCAGUACUUAGUAGCAGUGAGUCACCUUGCAGCUAUGCAUCUUUUCAAAAAUACAAAUUACCAAUUUUAAGUGCUGCCAGCUACAGUAACUUUGUUUUAACGGGUAUUUUUUGUUUGUUCUUUUCAUGGAGUUAUUUUAUUGUGCUUUGCAUCUCUAAGCAGCUUUCCCAUAUUUGGGUAAAAUGGUUAGCAAGUUGUAAAUUUUGAGUUGAAUGAAAUAAAUAUUUCUAGAGUGGAACUUGGACUAAUUUGAAGGACAUUUUAUAUACUUUUGAAAAUCAGUUUAAUUGGGAUGCCAGAUUUCUAGCAACUUGCAUCUUUAAUUUUCCAGAUAAUCUGGAAGUUAGCAUUUGAUAAAUGAUUUUUUAAGCAAACAUAAAGGUUUUGUUAAUUUAUAAUUUAUUGAUGUGUUGUUACUGUAAUUGAAAAUGUUAUGAAGACUUUCACAUUCAGUUUUUGUAGAAAGAAAAUGUGUUCAACAAAAGUAUGUGAAUAAAUAUUCCCCCAAAUAUAUAUAUCUGAAUGGUUAAACAUACUGAAAGAGAGCUGUCAUGGCUACAGUAGUGAAUGUCUGUAUAUGUUAUCAAAAACACCAGUAAGUAGAUUUCACAUUUUGAACAUAGGGAAAAUGUUAUUAGUGGAUAUUUGGCAGUGAACUUUAGGUGGUAUAGCUGACAGCUGCACAGUACUGUUCUCUUAUUUUCCACUUUCCUUGGUGUCUUCUAAGUAUUUACUUUUUUGUUUAAUGCUGCUACUCUUAUCCUCAUUUGUUUCCCAAUUCUAUUGCUUCUGUUUCAUAUUUUUAAAGGGCAAGUACAGAAGCAACUGCUGCUACCCAGAAAAAAAAUGUGUUAUAAAUAAUUAAAAGAAUUUUUAAUUACUUUUUGUGUGAUUUUAGACGAGGUAACACUUUUCCCACAGUUGUCCAGUGAAAUGCCCUUCGUUAUGCUCACGCUGUGAGAAUCCAAAACCGCCAUGUGGCUGAUAGGACAUUUCCACGGGUGCUUUGCUAACCAGUUGUGGAACCCUGUCUGUCAUCAUGAAAUCUGAAUUGAAGUCCAUCUUACUUCAUAUAUGCGGUUUGCUUGGCUUUCACACCUCCCCUAAUAUUUUCCCCAAGGGAAUAGCUCUUAGAAUGUGAAGAAUUAAUUAGUUUGCUUUCUACUACUGAUACAUUGUUGUGAUAAGAAUUACUUAGCUGUCUUCCAGGUACAGCUGUGGUCAUUACUGUAUUCUCCCGGCAGUUGAUUUUCUGCUGUAGUAUACUUGUUAACUUUUUGAGCGGUCUUGGCUUAAAUCCAUCUUUCCUCCUUUACUCUGUCUCUCACUGAAGUCUUCAUCACGCAUCAUGUGGCCUCUACCUGGCACAUGGCUUUGUGCUCUGGAUGCCACCACAGAGCUCUGUGUUUGUCAGUGUUGAACACAUUAGCUUGACGAUACUUAUCCAAACAGGAUUUACUGAAAUGUGUUUAAAACAGCCACUUUUUUGUUACAAUUUACAAAGUUGGCAUUUUUAUUUUUAAUUCAGUUUCCCAUGUUUCCUAUUAUAGCAAAAGCACUUGGAAAUGCGGGGGGUGGUUUUGAAAGCUUAAAUGCUCCAGUUUUUGUUCUAAGUCAAUAUUUUGGAAAUAUUAUAAGUGAUAUUUAAUGUUGCUUAUAAUAUUUACAUAGCUGUAUGCAGACACUGAAUAGUAUAAGACAAAAUUAUGUUAGAUGUUUAAAUUUUCAACUGGAACUACUGACAACUAUAUAUGGAAAUAUAAUAAAGGUUGAAAACCUAGGUUAUCAAAUUGGUUAUAGCUUUCUAGAAUCUUUGUAAAUACUUGUCUUCAAAUAAGGUCAUGUGUGCAUAUAGAAAGCAGUGUGUUAUUCACUUCCACAUUAGUGCCACUCUUGCUGCACAAUGAAUUUAUUGCCAAAUUUGAGUCAUCCUACUUUUAUCUGGCGCUUUUUUUUUUUCGUCAGAAUGUUUAAGAAAAUGUAAAGUCAUUUUAUCUUACUACUAGCUCUUUUCCAGAGAAACAGACUAACCAGUCUUAAUGUUUUUCUGAUCUACUUUCAAAUCAGGUUAUAGAUUGUGUUUUAAGAAGUGUUUAAUUGAAAUAUAAACUGGUUUCUAUAACUGAUUUGUGUGUGUGUGAUUAUAGAAACAUUUGAGAAAGUACUGUUUUUAACAGUUACACAAUGUAUAGGUUUUGGUUUCUUGGUGCAUAUCCUGUUUUUUUUUUUAAAUGUUACUUGACUAUCCUGGUUUUUACCCACUUUAGGCACUUUAUUAUAAUGCCACCCAAUCCACCCUAGCAGAUCUACAGUAUGUAUUUCAAAAGGAUUUUAACUUGAGAAAGUUGUUGAAAUGGCAGAAUUCCUUUCAAAGCUUAUUUGGCUCACAACUGUGUGUGUAAGUUUGAAUGCCAGUAACAUUUAUGGGCAGUGAUUUUUGCUAGGCAUGAUGCCUCAUAGCUGUAUUACUAGGACUUGGGAGGCUGAGGCAGGAGGAUUGUCAUAAGUUAGAGGUCUAGGGUAACCUUCCUCAUUAACAAAGCAGAAAUCAUUUCAGUUAAUGUGUUUAAGCAAGACAAAGGCAUAUUCAUUAAAUGAAAACAAUUGUAAAUUCAAUGUAAAUAUUAUCUGUCAUUAUGUACUGACUUUGACUUUCAGAGUAGAAUAAGGAUUUUUCCAACAAGCUACCUGUGAACAAAGCAUGAAAUGCUGUGUUUUGAAAUGCAACACUACUUGAAUUUACCCUCAAGUUGAUAGCCACCAUAUUAUUCAUUGAUAAUAACGUCCAGAUCAUCUAAUGCUUUCACAGAGGAAGUUUGCUUACCAGUCAAAUUAUCAGGGACUAUGUAAAAUUACCUAGAAGAAAAUGGUGCUUAUUAAAUAUGAGUGCAGUUUGUUAGUUUUGGCUUAUUCUGAUGUAAACUCUGUAUGCAUUGGUAAGUGAUUGUGAAGUGUCUCUUCUAUAUAAACAUUUUCACUUAAAAA